CGUCCAAUCCAUCCCAACAUUUUCCUUCUUAGUAUCCGGUACGAUUACGAAGGGUACAAAUUUGGAGAUAUAAAAGAAGGGACGCAUUUCAUCUCGACUCAAUUUGUUGUUUGAUUUCCAAAGCGAUUUCAAACUCUGUGGCUUUUUCAUUUGGCACUGAAGCAUUUUUGAGGCAAAUUUCAUCUUUUUUCUUGGCACUUGCUCUGCAACUCUUCCUUCGUGCCAUAUAGGCUACCAGACUGCAAUCGUCAGGCGGCUCGGAGCCGGCUAGUUCACUGAGAGUGUUCCCUUGAGUUACUCACUAAGUUUUAUUUGGACAAGACACUUUCAACCAAUUGUAUAUGGGCACUGGAUGAAUGACAGGGAGCGGAUACCUCACCGCAGUCAACACUCAGCGGCAGAGCUCAAGCGGAGGUUGCUCUUAGAGGCGGUUACAGUAACAAACAAAUUUUCCUUCCGGCUCGUUCGGCUUGCUCCACCCCGCUCAUUGCCGGACCUCACAACCUGCUCGAUCGCUCGACGUCUUUAUCUUCAUCAGAAGGGUGCGUGGCGGACAGGGAAAGUUUAUGCUGCCGUUUUGACCGAUUCAAAGAGUCACCAUACAUGCACGAGGUAGAGUUGGAUUUGGACAUUAAUUUGUACUAUCAUAAAACAGAAUAGAAAAACACACUUCUUCGCAUAGGUUUUUUUAAUCAGAGCGUUGGAAAGUUUUUAUUUUUACCUCUAUCUUGGCGUUUAUGAAAACGGAACAUUUUGCUUCUAAUAAUUCUGGACACUCCUUUGGAUUUGAGCGCAAUUUAUAUUGAAACAUAAGCUUUAGUACAUGAAAGAAGCAUUCUUAAUUUCAAAAUGGCUGACUCGGUUACGAGAAAGAGUCACACGGUUAAGCGUGAAUCACCAAAACUCACAUUUUCAAUUGAUAGCAUCUUAGGAAUCAAGAAGAUGAAGAAAUCUAAACUUGAGCCAUCGGUGAACGAAGAUGCAUUCCAUAAACUGAAGGGUAUUUCACAACGUAGUCAUAUCCACACACCACUACAUCAUCAGUCCAAAGUGAGAUCUGAGAGGGUAUUUGCAUCUCAGAGCGAGGAACUGCUCCAACCUGGACCUCAACCAUCCUUCAUUCCUGGGGCAGCUUCCAACUUCUACGGCCUCCAUGCUGAGUACUACGCUCUCGAGUCGCUACAUAGGGUGGUGUAUGCAAAAGACCCUACUUAUGGCUUGGGCAGAAAUUUCUGUCCAAGCUGGCCAAGUUUCUUUCCAUUUCGUAGCAACCAGUUUUCAUCGGAUGGCAACGAGUUGGACUUCAUGAAAGCUUUGUGUAGACCCAACAAGAAAGUUCCGGAGAGAAGAAAUUGGCCUAGAGAUAUGGACAAAUCUAGAGCAAUAUCGACGUCAUUUUCUUCUCCCUCAACAAUAUCUCCGUCAUCGUCUACCUCUUCGUCUUCAACAUCCCCACCAUAUCAUCCUCUUACAUCUGACUUUUGGUCUCAGCAUUUGAAAUUAAAAGCUUCAAAGUCAUCCUUAAUGUCAGAUCUAGUUGUCCCAUCAGCUUUCAAAUCCACCCAACGCGUCGACGAACUUAACGCUAGAUUUAGCCCCAUCAGCACCGCCCCGGUGAGGGAAAAUGGGAAUGCAAGCCGACAAAAUGUUAACAAAAGCGCAUCCCUCGAUAAUCCAUCGAUGCAUCGACAAGCUAGGUCUGACAAGUCGACGACGCUGUCGACGAGGGAAUCCAACACCGCUACGCAUAUUGCACGUCGACAAGAUGGCAAUAAACCAAAGACCUUUGUUUGUUCUGAGUGUGGAAAGAUCUUUAAUGCACAUUACAACCUUACCCGGCACAUGCCUGUCCAUACGGGUGCUCGUCCUUUCGUUUGUAAGGUCUGUGGAAAGGGGUUCCGCCAGGCCAGUACACUGUGCCGACAUAAGAUCAUCCAUACCAACGAAAAACCCCACCGUUGUCAUGAAUGCGGCAAGGCAUUUAACCGUAGCUCAACCCUCAACACACACAUGAGGAUCCACGCCGACUUUAAGCCAUUCAUAUGCGAGUUCUGCGGCAAGGGGUUCCAUCAGAAAGGCAAUUACAAGAACCACCGUCUUACCCACAGCUCUGAAAAGGCAUUCAAGUGCCACAUCUGCCACAAGGCUUUCCACCAGGUCUACAACCUGACUUUCCACAUGCACACCCAUCGGGAACAGAAGCCUUUCACCUGCGGCAUUUGCGGCAAAGGUUUCUGCAGGAACUUUGAUCUAAAGAAACACACACGGAAGUUGCACGACAAGACGUCGGAUAAUGGGAGAAAAGGUCACGCAAAGGCUUUGAAGAGGGCAGGUACGGUUCCACUUGUUCCUUCUCAGUUCUAAAAGAUAAUGUCAAUUUUUCUAUGUAAAAUGUGUAUCAAGUUACCGAGUAAUUUUAUGUUCGUGCGUUUCGUAUGUAGCCUAUGUAAUACGGUGAAUAUAUAUAUUUUUUUGCCAUUUUCACAUGAUCAUUAGCGGAUAAGUGAAUAAUGUUCUGUUAAUAUGCAAUAUUCAUUUGCUACCUACAGCAUCAAAACAUAUACGAUUUUAGAAGAAAGAAAGAAGGAAACAAAAUUGGUAUUUUUUUUUUAAAUAGAAAAGAUGAAGUCUUAUAAGACAAUAAAUUGACAAUCCUCGUUUUGUAUCAUAACAUAAUUCUUUUUACAGGAGCUUCUCAUAAAUACUUAAAUUAAAAAACUUAAACUUAUAAAUAAGUGAGAAGUUUACUAUUUCCCACGACGUCUCGUGUUCCCUUUAGGUUACAUUUUAUUGGCAAAUGUGAUACUGAACAAUGGUUUAGAAUAAAGAGUGAUAAUUAAGAAUACAAUUGUCGUAGAAUACACAAUGUGCAUGAGCAUUUUUGUUUACACUUUUACUUAUAAAUUCAAACACUUUAUAAUUUUAACUUAAUAUUAUCCUGUAUUUCUUUCCUCCAUCCCGUCUUUUAGUAUACUACUAUGAGACACACAUGUCUAUAAAGAUCGGUUUAGUUAAGAAGAUUGCAAUUGCUGUUAUGUCCACCAAUUGAAUGUGUUUCAAUUUCCUAAUUUCUUGAAAUAUAUUGUGAAUAUAAGUGUUAAGGAAAUCAGUUUUAAUAUACAUGGCUAUACUGCAAAUAUCUCAUUUUUAAAAUGCAUUUUGCAUUUCAUAUUGAAAACAACAAAUUAUUAUGUAAGAAGCAAAUUCUUUCCAUGCUUUGUUGAUUCCACCAAUUAUAUUUGAUUGUUUCACCAUUUGAUUCUUAUAGAAACGAAAAUGUUAAUGAACCACUUUAAUUGAUAUUGUCUUGAUACUUUUAAACGUACUGUAGAACUAUUUCCUAAGCAUUCCAAUGUAUUUAAUCCCAAAAGAACGCCGAUGUUUUCCAUGUACAAAAGCGAUUCGAUUGUGUAAUGGCGUGUCUGGUGUUGGCAUAGUUCUAAAGGCAAUCUGAAAAAUUGGAAACUUAAUCUAAACGUUCACACCAGUAUAUGAGUUUAUGUCGUUUUUGUAUAGAAAACUUUCAGAGGUGCGUGUGGACCUUUAAAACAGAAACAUAAACAAUUAAUAAACAUACUACAGUGGAUUAUUAAUUAAAUGUGUAAUAGUACUUUUGAAUAAUUAUAUUAUUGAUCUACUCUAUUGGUCCAUGUUUAUUUAAAGAAAAAAACGUCGCAAGAAAAGUCAGAUUUAAGUCAAUUAUUAUCAUCAAUGACUGACAAUUAAUUUUUUUUUAUAUAAUUGCCUAUGUUGAAAAUAUAACAUUCAUGUGUUCUGCAGUUGCAGAAAACAACACAUUUUAUUCGAAUUUCUGUUCAUUACAAAUGGGUUCAAGCGCAGGAGCACAAUCUACAGUAUUGUAGCAUAUUUAAAUUUUACUGGAACAAAAUUGAUAUAGUUGUAUUCAAUUUAAAAAAGAGUUUCAUAACAUUGAUGAUAACGAAUUUUGAUGACUGAUUUGUAAUGAACAUUAUACUCAAGAAAAAGUCCCUUACGAAAUUAUUGUGUAUUUAGUUUUUCCCCCCAUCUUUAACAUAAAAUGUAUGCCCUAAACAUUUUGCAUUCCUUUUUUUUGUAUUCCUCUUCCUGCUAUUUAAAAAGAAAAAAAAGAAGAAAAA